UGUACACAGCGUUGUAGGCUACUGUGUGUGGAGAUGUGAUAGUUAGUUUGCUCAUGUGUAUUCUGAACUUAUAACCCAUUAAAGAGUCUUUCACUGAAUAUCAGCCGCAAGAAAUACGAAAUGUCUGCCGGUAGUAAAAAAACAAGCACAAUAUUUGCUGGAUUCAGGGCUCUUGGACUGUAUUCAAACCACCUUCCACACGUGGUACGCUACCACAAGAAGCAUCGGGAGUUCUACGUUGUUACAGCUGUCGGGAAAUGUUUUCACACAUACAACGUUAAGAAACUUGGCAUAGUUGCAGUCAGUAAUGCCCUUCCCGAUGAUAUAUCUUGUCUGGCUGCUGACCGGAUGCUGGUGUUCGCUGCACAUGGCAAAACUGUUGUGGCCUUUGCCAGGAACAAAGAGGUUGUGCACACAUAUUCUGGCCAUAGAGAUGAUGUUCACCUUCUCCUACCUUUUGGAGACCAUUUCAUCUCUGUGGACAGGGAGAAUACUGUCAUCAUCUGGGAGGUGGAGGCUGAAGAGGAGUAUUUGCGGAUAUCAUUUGAUAAAGUCUCAUUUGAUGUGUCUGCUGUGAUGCACCCCAGUACCUACCUGAAUAAAAUCCUGUUUGGCAGCAGCCAGGGAGGACUUCAGCUUUGGAACAUUAAAUCCAAUAAGCUUCUUUACACAUUCCCUGGAUGGACCUCGGCAGUAACAGUUCUUCAGCAGACACCUGCUGUAGACGUUGUAGGUGUGGGCUUGGCAUCUGGACAGGUGAUCAUUCAUAACAUCAAGUUUGAUGAGACACUGAUGAAGUUCCAACAGGACUGGGGACCAAUCACGUCCCUGAGCUUUAGGACAGAUGGGCAUCCAAUAAUGGCCGCCGGAAGUCCAGUUGGUCACAUUGGAUUGUGGGAUCUGGAGGAAAAGAAGCUGAUUGGACAGAUGAGAGAUACCCAUGCCACAGCUAUUGCUGGUUUGACCUUCCUCCUCAAUGAACCCCUCCUCAUCACCAAUGGCGCCGACAAUGCCAUCAGGGUGUGGAUUUUUGACACUCCGGGAGCCGAGGGCCGCCUGCUCCGCUGUCGCCUUGGACACAGUGCCCCGCCCACCAAGAUUCUUCACCACGGCAACAACGGGCAAACGAUUCUCAGCGCAGGUCAAGAUGGCACGCUGCAGUCCUUUUCUGUUGUUCAUGAGCGAUUCAAUAAGAGUUUGGGCCAUGGUACUCUCAACAAGAAGAAAGCCAAAAAGAAUGGCUUGAAAUAUGACACCGCAAAGCUGCCAGCCAUCACAUCGUUUGCUUCAGAGUGCGCUCGGCAGAGCGACUGGGAUGGCAUCGUGGCAUGCCACCGCGGCCACCUCGUCGCCACAACCUGGAACCACCAGAAGGGCUCGAUGGGCGCGCACAAGCUGGAGCCGAAGCGCUUCAACCACGACCGGGCCCUGAAUGUGCACGCCACGGCUGUAGAUAUUUCCUCAUGUGGGAACUUUGUGGUGGUGGCUGUCUCUACCGGGCACAUUGACGUGUACAACCUGCAGUCUGGCCUCCACAGAGGUCAAUAUGGGAAAGACAAAGCUCAUGCCGGCCCGGUGCGUGGCGUGGCUAUCGACGGGCUCAACCAGCUGACCAUCAGUGCCGGAGCUGACCAUCUCCUCAAGAUCUGGAAGUUCAAGAGCCACGAGCUUCUCCACACACUGAGCUUAGAGUCCUCGCCAGCCACGACGUUGCUGCACAGGGAGAGUGGAAUGCUAGCCAUUGCUUUGGACGACUUCACCGUCAACGUGCUGGACAUCGAGACCAAACGAAUCGUCCGCAAGUUCUCAGGACAUCGUGGGCAGAUCAAUGACUUGACGUAUAGCCCAGAUGGCCGCUGGUUGAUAACGGCUUCCAUGGACUGCACCAUUCGCACCUGGGACCUCCCCUCUGGCUGUUUAGUGGACUGCUUUCUGGUGGACGCUGCAGCAGUAAGCCUCACGAUGUCCCCCACAGGAAAUUUCCUGGCGUCCUCUCACGUUGACAACCUGGGCAUCUUCUUAUGGUCAAACAGUACCUUGUGCAGUGUGGUGUCACUGCGCCCCCUACCUACAGACUACGAGCCUGCAGUUGUCAUGCUGCCUGGGACAUUCCCCAGUCACGAUGAUGAAGAUGAGGAAGAGGAGGACAUGGACAGCUCCGAGCUGGUCGACUACAUCUCUCCAGCGCAGCUCGACCAACAUCUCAUCACCCUCUCCUUGCUACCCGAUUCACGCUGGAAGAACCUGCUCCAUCUCGACAUCAUCAAGAAAAGGAACAAGCCCAAGGAGCCUCCCAAAGUGCCUAAGGCAGCACCCUUCUUCAUUCCCACCCUCCCUGGCCUGGUGCCCCAGUUUGCUCUCCCGGAGACCCCCCAGGCAGAUCAGUCCAAGGUCUUUAAUUUUGGAGUUUUGGCCCAAAAGUCCCCAUUCCACAUGCAGUUGGAGAAGGCUUUGGUUAGCAACAACUACGACGGGCCCUUGAAUCUGCUGAAGGAGAUGGGCCCUUCAGCCAUCGACACCGAGCUGCGCAGCCUGGCCCCUGACAUGGGCGGAGACGUGGACACUCUGACGGCCUUCCUGAGGUUGAUCGGCAGCAUGCUGGACUCCAGGAGGGACUUUGAUCUCGCCCAGGCCUACCUGGCCCUCUUCCUAAAGCUGCACCUCCGCCUGCUGUCGACGGAGCCCACGCUGCUGCAGGAGGCGGCGCAGGUCUCGCGGAGGCUGGAGGAGACCUGGAGCCACACGCAGACGCAGCUCAACCAGAGCCUGUGCUUACUGCAGUACAUGAAGAGCGCCUUACUCUAAACACAUGCACACGGACACACACACACACACACACACACACACACACACACACACAUACAGGGAGAUACUCACAUUCACACAUAUGCUCUCUCUCACACACAUACACACACACAUACACACACAACACUCACACACCCCGCUAUCACCCCUGCCCCCUCACAUAUGCUCCCUGCGUUGCCACUGCAAGAGGUGCUUGCUCGCAGUCCCCGUUUUUGUAUUGCCGCGUUUUAUAUUGUGCUAAAUGUGUAAUAUAAAUAUAAAUAUUGAAUGGUAA